AUAUAAUUAUUCAAUUUUAAUUUUUAACAAAUGCAAUAAAUUUACGAUUGCCAACGAUAACCGAUUGCUGCCAGGGCUGCAAUUUGAUAGGAAGCCGUGUAUGCUAUUAUCGGAAUCGUUCGCGCCUUUACACAAUUUUCAUUUUGUACAGUCAAAAUAUUUAUUAAAAAACGAAAUCCCUUUAAAUAUAUACAAGCAGAAGCUUAUAUAUCAGAGGACAAUGGACACGUGCGAGACCAGAGAGGUCGUGGCACUGUUGAAGCGGUUCUCAGUCAGUUGUGAACAGUUGGAGCUGGAUUCGCGGAUCCAGCAGAGCGCCUUCGAAACCUACCGGAGAUUGGCGGCGGACGGCGGAUUAUCCGACAGCGGAGACGAGGCACUGGAGUGGCUCUGCUGCGCAGUAUACAGUGAACUGCAGUUAGCGAAGAUCCGGGAUAUUAAGUCGGAGUUGGAAGGAUCAGGACCCCAUUGCUGGAAUCUGUCGCUUACACGUUUACUGCGCAGCUUCAAGGUGAAUGGAUCGGUGUUCCUGCGCCGUAUGGAGUACUGGAACUGGCUGGCCCAGAACAAUAAGGUCUUCCAGUUGGAGGUGGAAGAGCUGCGCCGAAGGUUUAGCAUCACGCUAAUCCUAUUGCAGCACUAUAAGUGUAUCUUUCAUCACCUCUUCAGCCAGCCCUCCGACCCGGCAGAGACGGAUGCACUGCCCCUCUACCAUUCGCUCUACGAGUUCGGCUGGCUCCUCUUUUUGGUCGUACGCAACGAGCUGCCUGGCUUUGCCACCGAGAACCUGGUGAACGGCUGCCAGGUGCUUGUCUGCUGCAUGGAUCUGCUGUAUGUGAACAUGCUGGAGGUGCCGAAUUCAGUAAUUAUCCGCCGAGACUUUCCGGGCCUACCUUCGAUGUGGGGCACCGAGGACUUUGACUUAGAUAUCUUAAAUAAAUACAGCGCCUUGCCUGCCAUCGGAGCGCUGGUCCCCCAGCUGCCGGAGAGGGGAGUGCAGCAGAUGAAGAAUGCCUUCUUCCAUAAGGCCCUAAUGGUGCUGUUUAUGGACCAGUCGCUGCUAGGCAACGACACUCACAUGCGGGAGAUUGUAAAGGAAGGAAUGCUGGACGUCAACUUGGCUACCCUUAAUCGUAAAUACGCAAGCCAUGUGGCUGACAUAGGCGAAAUGGACGAGAGAGUCAUGUUGUGUUGCCAGGAUGCGAAAGAGCGGAAUAAGGAUUCGAAAAGGAGUCCAAGGCUGGUCUCUCAAUCAAGCACCUCCUGCUCUUCACCUUAUAAAAAGCUACUUGACCAUAAGCUGCCACAAAGUCUUCCUCAUAUUAUCAAAACACUGGGCGAAGGAGAGAACUAUGAUGCCAUAGUGCACCCCGUGGAGCAGCUGCUACUCAUGCUGGGCCAUACAUUUACCACUGCCGUGAAGGAUCAUAUGAAUGAGAAGGUGGCUGAAGAACGAUUUAACCUGGCUAGAGGCCUCUUCUAUAAGUUCCUACAAAAGAUCUUGGCCUCUGAAUUGGCUUUGAAGCCUCAACUGAAGCUAGGUAACUUACUCAAACAAUCCACCAUGACCACAUCCCUGAUUGCCUGCUCCCUGGAUUUGGCUCUGCAUAUCCAUGAUGAGAAUGUCAAAGAACUGCGGUUUCCCUUCGUACUAGACUGUUAUUCACUGAAUGCCUACGACUUCCAAAAGAUUGUAGAGGUUGUGGUUCGACACGAUGAAGGCUUGCUUGGUAUUGAGCUAGUUAGGCACUUGCACACGGUGGAGGAGAAGUGUCUGGGAACACUGAUCUUUCGCGCUAACUCGCCACUGUGGCGAAACUUGGGAAAGAACGAUCGGCUACCCAGCUACCAAGAUGUCCAAACUCAGUCAGAGGACAAGGAGAACCCGUCGACCGGCGUAGAUAUUUGUCUACGAAAGUUCUAUGCCCUGGCCCACCGGCGGCUACUUGGUCUCUGCAAAAGGGUCUCCCUAGUGGAUGCAUAUCCACGUAUCUGGCACCUUGCCGAUUACUCCUUCACCCUCAAGGGCAGCGAACUGUUGCGCCAACGCAACCUGGACUUGCUUCUGCUCUGCGCCAUCCAUCUGCACGCCCGUUUGGAGGAUCUGCGCCUGAGCUUUAGCCAAAUCAUCCAAGAGUAUCGUCGCCAACCGCAUGCCCAGAGCAGCGUCUAUCGGCAGGUCACCCUGGGCAAUGGUCAGAUCUCGGAUAUUAUCGAAUUCUACAACACAACAUACGUGAGGAGUAUGGCCCGCUAUGGGAUGCACCUGCGUUGCGACCAAUCAUCACCUGCCAAGUCUCUGACGUACGUGACCGUUCUGAAAGAUGCGUCGCCCAACGAACUACGCAUGCGGGCGAAUAUAAGCGUAUCGUCGCCACCACCGCCGAAGAUCUGCCUGAGUGAAUCCUGCUCCAGCGUAGAUCUGACGGAAUCCAUCGAAUCUCCGAUGGCUAUAACUAAUGAAGGGAAUACGAAUCUUAAGCGCAGUGUCUCCAGCAACGAAAUCCAAGCUGACAGGCAGCCCAACAUUCUUAAACGACGCACCUGCCUCCAUUGACACAAACAAGUUUUACUAGGCGCAUGAAUCCCACUUUCGGCUACAUUUUACGAAGCCACACUAUUUUCUACCAUUGCUAUUGAUAAGAAUUCACUAAAACGCGCCUCACUCAUUGUAAAUGAAUCCUUUGCUACUAAAAUGAACUUUAUCUCAAAUAAAUUGAA